GGGAGUAAUGGUAUCCGCCAGUUGAACUGUGGGGUUAAAGGAGAUGUUACGUGUCUUUAUUUCCUGUGGCCAAGAGAGCCUCCCUCUACGGAAAGUGUUCGAGGGUGCAAGUAUUCGGUCAUGUUUUAAAUGUCUCAUCCUAUUUUAAACCGUGGGGGAAAUGAGCACUAGGAGUGUCACCACCGGGGGGCCUAGUUCUGUAAAGGCUUGUAAGAAGUUUCUUUUGCUGCCCGUCACCCUCGAUUCCCUUUCCCCUUAGGGAUGUGCAGAUGGAGGCCGGAGGAGACGCUGCUGCCCCAACCCCCGGGGGCACGAAGGACUUGGAGGACACGCAGUUCCCCAGUGAGGAGUCUGGAGAUGGUGGAGGGGUCCAAGCGGUCCCCCCGGAUCCUGGAGACGGGGGCCCGGAGGAAACAGGAUCCGAGGCCAAGGACCAGCCACCCAGCCUCCUGUCAUCACUGCCCCAGUCAGAGGCACCAUCAAGCACCUCUGAGUGCUGGGGUCCAGCAGCUGCUGAGAGUAGUCCCAUUCAUGGCCCUGAGAGUGGCUCUGCGGGCCAAGGCGGGGACCCCAAUGAUGAGGACUGGCGCAGCCAGCGGAAGCAUGUGUUUGUGCUGAGCGAGGCUGGCAAGCCCAUCUACUCACGGUAUGGCAGUGUGGAGGCGCUGUCAGCUACCAUGGGUGUGAUGACAGCCCUUGUGUCCUUUGUGCAGAGCGCAGGAGAUGCCAUCCGUGCCAUCUAUGCCGAGGACCACAAGCUGGUGUUCCUACAGCAGGGCCCACUGCUGCUGGUGGCUGUGUCACGGACUCCUCAGUCAGCAGCCCAGCUGCGAGGGGAACUGCUAGCUGUGCAUGCGCAGAUUGUGAGCACAUUGACCCGUGCCAGCGUGGCCCGCAUCUUCGCACACAAGCAGAACUACGACCUCCGCCGCCUGCUGGCCGGCUCAGAGCGCACACUGGACCGGCUUCUGGACAGUGUGGAGCGGGACCCAGGUGCCCUGCUCCUGGGUGCUGUGCGCUGCGUGCCCCUUGCCCGCCCGCUGCGGGAAGCACUGGGUGCACUACUCCGACGUUGCACAGCACCGGGCCUGGCACUGUCGGUACUGGCGGUCGGCGGUCGAUUGAUAACAGCGGCCCAGGAGCGGAAUGUGCUGGCUGAGUGUCGGCUGGACCCAGCUGACCUGCAACUGCUGCUCGACUGGGUGCGCGCACCGGCCUUUGCUGCGGGUGAGGCAUGGGCACCCGUGUGCCUGCCCCGAUUCAACCCUGAUGGUUUUUUCUAUGCCUACGUGGCCCGCCUGGAUGCCAUGCCUGUCUGCCUGCUGCUGCUUGGCACCCACCGUGAAGCGUUCCAUGCCAUGGCCGCCUGCCGGCGCCUGGUAGAAGAUGGGAUGCGUGGCCUUGGUGCCAUGCGUGCCCUUGGUGAGGCUGCCAGCUUCUCUAAUGCCGCAUCAACCAAUUCCCCUGCCUACAGUGUGCAGGCUGUGGGAGCGCCCGGCCUCCGGCACUUCCUCUAUAAGCCGCUGGACAUCCCUGACCACCACCGCCAGCUGCCUCAGUUUACCAGCCCCGAGCUAGAGGCCCCGUACAGCAGAGAGGAGGAGCGGCAGCGGCUGUCAGACCUGUAUCACCGCCUGCAUGCUCGCCUCCACAGCACCUCCCGACCCCUGCGUCUCAUUUACCACGUGGCUGAGAAGGAGACGCUGCUGGCUUGGGUGACCUCCAAAUUUGAGCUCUAUACCUGCCUCAGCCCCCUGGUGACCAAAGCAGGUGCCAUCUUGGUAGUGACCAAACUCCUGCGCUGGGUGAGGAAGGAGGAAGACCGGCUCUUCAUUCGUUACCCACCCAAGUACUCCACACCCCCAGCUGCCUCUGCGGACCAAGCUCCCCACAAUGGCUUGUUCACUGGACUCUGAGAGGCAGAGUUCCCAGAUCAGGCAGUGCUGGGAGUGACCACCUUUGGCUUUUACCUUCUUUUGUCACCCUGGAAAUGGAGGUGGGGGUGUGUCUGUGGCUGAUCCCUGUCUCCCCGGCAAUGGGGGAAGAUCUGAGGUCCUGUCCACAAAUGGGAGAAGGGUUUCAGCAGGCAGAUGAGUAGGCUGCUCUCCCAACCCCCUCAUGCACCUCCACCUCUGGGGAAAUCCUUAGGCUUCCCUCUUCUCUCCCUCUGCCAUACCUCUUCCACUUGGAUGAUGUCGAGCCUCUGGCAGGGGCUGUCCCCUCCAAACCUGCCUCAGGGGUCUGCCUCCUUCCAUGGAAUCUUAGCCCUGAGUGCCCAGGGCUGACCAAGGUUUCUAGAGUGACCCACAGGGGUUCUGGAAUUGGGAAUGCAGGGGUAGUCUGUGAUGGAACCAGCCUGAGGGGAUUUAAAAAAAAAAAAAACAAGCCCCACAAGAAUAUCCCUAUGCCCUUCAUGCACUUCUGUUCAUCUUUACCCUGCCCAAAAUGACCCCCAUCAAUAUUGGCUGCUGCUACUAUUAAUAAGAUGGCCUCCCUUGUCUACCUGUAUAACCCAGGGCAUGUAGCACCUGACUUCUCCACACAGUGGCUGGGAUCCAAAAUGUUUACAUAGGAGGUGCACUUAGCUUCUAAGGCUCAUUAUACUCAUCCGUGAAAGGGAGAUAACUUUGUCUAAUAGGCUCUUUAAUGAAGAUUUGUGAACGACAGGGGGCUCGAAAUCUUGCGUGGCGCACUCGGUAGCGUGCUGCGCUAGCAGCGCGGCGACGCUCCCGCCGCCGCGGGUUCAGAUCCUAUAUAAGGAUGAUCAGUGCACUCCCU